AUGGGAUCAAGUUGUUGCUAAGCAUAAGGCGAUGACAAAAUCGAGCUAUAAUAGCAAGAAAAGAUUAGAUUAAAGAGCAAAGCUUCGAUAUUAAACAAAAAUAGUAAUUUAAGUAGUACAGAUUAGAAUAAGGAAAAUGAGAGAAUACAAUCUUACUAAAAUAAUGGAUCCUUAAUGAUAGACGAUACUGGAAAAGAGUAUAAUAGAAUAGCAGCGAGUAGUUUAGAAAUUUAGGAGCUAACUGGCGACAUGGAUAGAGUCGAUUCAAUACAAUUAACUGAAAAUGCUGUUAAAGAUAAACCUAUAAUGAGGGAUUCGUGUGAAGUAAUUUCACUUGGAUCUAAAAAGACUAUCUUGAAGAAAGAAACAAAAUAUAGUUUGUUUCGCAUCAAGGCUAAUUUUAAUCAGAAUUAAAAGAAGGUUAGAUUUGAUGAAGUUUAUACUAACACGUAAAUGGUAUAGAUUGACUCUUAUAAAUUAAGUUAACAAAACUUUACAAAUUUAUAUGAAUGUAUUAAAAACCAAAAAUAGUAAGUAGAGAAUAUAGUUCCCCUGUUUCACUUAUUAUUUUUGUUUUAUAUCCAAGUUAGGAGGUUCAUUUAAACCAUUUUUAUGUAUAAUUAAUGA